AUGGCAGCUCACAGUAUCUUGGCCGAUAGCAUUACUCCGCAGACCGGGCAGAUGGAAACUCUGAUUACCAAACGAACGCAGGUCGACAGGUCUGUUUUGAUACCCAUGCAAACUUACCUCAAAUUGAAGGGCCGCACAGCUUACAGAAACGGAUGCAUGGUGGUGAUUCAGUCGGCAAUGAAAUAUCCCGACCGACCAAUACUCAUCGCGGGGGACAAGAAUAUUGGCGAGUUUCGAAGCUAUGGAGAGCAUGAUAUGCAGUAA